CCGAAUUAGAGGUGGCUAAUAUAACCAAUAACCAAUAAAUUUACCGGUAAAAAAAAUUAACACUUCUAUUCGAUAAAUAAAAUUACCCAAAACGGUUAAAAAUACCGUUUACCAAACACACUGCGUGUAGUGGCAUAGGCAAUUAUUGGAAAUUAUAUUUAUGCAAGUUUCAACUUUAUUUCAACACGUAAGAUUCAUUUUCGCCUUGCAGAUGUCUUCAACUUAUCAUGUAAAAAAUAUUGAAUUUUAUGAUUUCAUUGUAUGCUCUAUACCCCUCAAAAUAAAGCACAAUAUUUAAGUUGGUGUAUUUUACAGUUAAUGAUAAUUUUUUUCGUUAAAAAAUUGAAAUGAAACGAUAUUUUUACCGAACGCGAAGAUGACGUGAUUGGUUGAUUUUUUAAACGUAAUAUUUUGUUUGGUACUUGACAUUUUGGUGGCUCAGUGCAUCUUUUCUAUUAUUUUGGUAAAGUUGUGUUUUUGUAUUUUAAGAGAUUUGUACUUUGUGUUUGUGUGUUUUGACUUUGUUUUUGUGUGUUUGAGACUUUGCUUACUUUGUUGUUGUGGAUUUUUAAAUUGUAUAUCUAAUUUAAAAUGCCGAAACGCAAUGCAGAAAUAUGGGAUCAUUUCGAAAAGUGCUAGUACCAUUCAAGUUUAACAUUAGCAAAAUUAAUUUUUCAACGAAAAGAUUUACCGGUAUUUUCAACCAAUAAAAAUAUCGGUAAUUUUUUUUAUCAAUUACCAGUUAACAGAUAAAUAAAUUCAACCGUUAACGCCAUCUCUAGUCCGAAUCUUCUAAAGCAAAAGAUUCGUAAAGGUGGAACAAAACAUUUGUCCGGAGAUUUAAAGUGAAACGUAGUCGACUGUUCACGACAGCUAUCUCGAAGUGUUCGCAUCUCGAAGGCCACGCGCAGUGCUCGUGAAACUACCAUAAAGGUUCAAUUCAACCAAAUGGUGAUUGGAUGACGAUCGCAGCACGCUCCCCAGAUAAGGAGCCGUCGCCACCAAAACAAAUUAACUUCGCCGAGCCGCUAGUGGAGUCUGUGCGUGUGUAUCUCGCAAAUGAAGUGCCUUCCAAGCAGCUAGCCCUCGUGCCCUGCGUGCCCGCGUGCCGGCCCUCGCCCCCGCCGACUCCUCCCGUCUGUGAUGUCGACAUAGCCUCUCAGACCGCUCGCGAAGAGAUCAAGGGAAUCAACUUCGAGGCGCGCUUCAAACGGAAUGACCUAAACAACAAUCCUCCUCGCCAACAAAACGACCAACCACAAAACGGCACCAUGCCCAGCCAAGCGGAACUCAUGCAGAGGCAACCGCUCUUGGCCCGCACCACCAAAACAGACGCACCGCAGCCAGCCACGGACGAGUCCGACCCUGACCAGGACCACUCUCCGCAGAGAACGCACACCGGCGACUUCAUCAUAGAGUUACCUCCGGGCACCGUCAGAGAAGAAAGAUACCCUAAAGAAAUAUGGAAAACGAUUCUAUCAUUUUUCUUCCUAUUCAUGUGCGUUUGCAUCAACAUGAUUUCACUAUCGCUGGUGCACGAGCGACUGCCGGACCGGAACACGACGAAGCCGCUCAACGACAUAGUGUUAGACAACGUGCCGGCGCACGACUGGGGCCUGGCGGUCUCCGAGUACCUGAUCAUGGUGUCAACUACGGUGGCGAUGCUAGUGGUCGUGUUCCACAAGCACCGCUUCAUCGUGGCGCGUCGGCUGUUCUUCAUCAUCGGCCUGCUGUACUUGUACCGCUCGAUCACGAUGUUCGUGACCGUGUUGCCGGUGUCCAGCAUGACGUACACCUGUAGCCCAAAGAGCAACAGCACGGCCCCGCUGCUCAUCAUCAAGAGAAUGUUCUACUUGAUAUCCGGCUUCGGGCUCUCGAUAAACGGAAAACACACAUACUGUGGAGACUACAUAUACUCGGGGCACACGAUGGUGUUGGUGCUCAGCUAUCUGAUAGUCGCGGAAUACUCACCCAAGAAGUUGUGGCCAAUGCACUGGGCGAUGGCGGGCUCCGCCGUGAUGGGCGUCUCGUUCGUCCUGCUCGCCCACGGUCACUACACCGUGGACGUGGUGAUCGCGUACUACAUAACCACGAGACUGUUCUGGACGUUUCACUCGCUGCUCGUGACGCCACAUCGGACAGGAAACGGAUACAACCAUUACAUGAUACAGCGCGAGUGGUGGUACUGGGUGUUCACGUACCUGGAGCGCAACGUGAGGGGGCCGGUGCCGCGGCGGUACGACUGGCCGCUGCCCUGGCCCCGCACCAAACUCUUCAACCGGCUAAGCUAGUGACGCGCCCGAGCGACCCCGCCGCCGCCGGAGCGAGUAUGACGCUCACCUUCUGCGAGUGCCGCUUCAACACCUGCAGCUCCUUGGGACUGGUGCGCGUGCAGAUGGCCAGCGUGAGCGUGUAGUCGAACUGGUGCACGAUCAGGUUGAGGUAGACCGUUUCCUCCCAGUCGAUCUCCGGGUCGCCGAUCGGCAGUUUUUUGGAGUCUUUACGGAACACCUCGACGUCCGUCUGCGAACAGGCGCCGCCGGUCGGGCCGGUCGAUGAACAAUAGUGAAUCUCUACCACGGCCGAGGACGGGUCGCGAUCAAGACUGUGUCAAACUACGUGGCAGUGGGUUCGACGGCAAUCUGACAAAGAGUCGGACCUCACCUCUGUCGCGAACUCUAUUUCGGACUACUUCGUGUAUUUUUGUUGUUGUGUAUCGUAAAAGUAAUAUAAGUUAUCUUUUAUUGGACAAAGAACAAUAAUCAAAUAAAUGUAUCUUCAGCUGUUGAUAGAAUAUUUGUUUUGUAAAUUAAAUAUUUUAUAAGUGGUUAUAGAAUUAUAAAUCUGGAGUCUAUAUAAGAACAUAGUAUUUAUGUACCGUACUGCGAGGCUCGUGCCGAGUGCGGCUGCACUUACGCACUCUAAGCUCCUAGCCUUUAAUAAGAAAACAUAUUUUUAUAUUGUUUCAAAUAAAGUACAUACUUGAGUGUUGUUAAAUGAUAGUUUUUGUAUUUCCAAAGGUUCUUCAGCGACUGUUCGUUUUCAAAGAAUGGUGCUAAACUAGGAUUGAAUCGGGAGACAUUAAUUGUUCGAGUAAUCGGUUGGAUAGUUAGAGCGCCGACACUAUUUAAGAAAGCGACAUUCCACAACUCAGUGUGCUGUACUCUCCGCUCAGCACUCCUCUACCUUGAGUUAUCAUUCAAAGUUGACAAGCAACGCACUAUUUUGAAGAUUUGUUAUUGGCUAAUUAUGUAUAAUGUGUAUGAGCAAUAGACUUACAUUCUACAUUAUAUUUAUCCUGAACACAACAUUUAUGAAUAUUAUGAUAAAUUGAUGUAGAAUUUUCAACGAAAAAAUACAAGAAAACAAAAUAUUAUCAGAAUAUUAACAGUAUGAAACAGGUAAAAAUAUCAUAAAACUGUUCGAUAAUAAUCUCUUGAUAAGCGUUUGUACGGUAUCUUGAACGUACACAUACAUUCUACUCAUAAAUAUAUUUCGAUUUAUUUUUUUAGUCUUGACGACACAAAACAUGAAGUAUAAAAAUCGCUUUUUAAAAAAAAAUUCAAAGGUAGUACACAUGUUCUCAUUAUUGAGGGAUAACAUACUUGAGGGGAGUUAAAAGAUGUAACCUUCAUAAUAUAAUUUUAAUUUCCCAUUUAGUUGUUAUGAUUUCUCUAUAUGCCAAAAUGAACGCCGUAGUCUUCUGUGGUCCUGGUAGCUUACCUCGUAUUUAGGCAGGUAGCGCGACGAUCCCUUCACAUGACGUUUUCGAACAAAGAACAGCAGGUCGUCACAGUCAAUGGCCUGCUCCUCCUGGAAGAGGAAGUGCCUCACGAACAAAUCUGUCCAAUACGUCGUUCCUUGUAGAACUACGAAGCCAGAAUCUGCAAACGUUACUAUCAUGUUAACAUCCGUCACUGGAUAGGUUCGAUCGUUUGAGAGAUAUUUAAAGUUUGGUAGUGCUUGAAUUGUGAUCUUUAUCAAAAUUAUUUGUAAAUAUUAUCUCGUGUUAUUAUGUACCUAUAUUUUUAAAUUAGAAUACCGAAUGUGUUGUAUGUACUGAAGUGCCUUUGUACAAAACUGGGGAGUGUGAUCCUUGAUCUAAACGGAUUAGUGAUGAAAUCCUUCGAGUAUGUAAUGUACGUAACAUAAUGUAAUGUCGGUGAAGUGUGUUGUAAUAUUGCUUGUAUUGUUGUCUUGUAUUUAUUUUGCCAUCAUUGUUGUUGUUAAUAUGAAAUUGUAAACGUCCAUAUAGGUCCACAUAGCUUACUUUACUGGGCAUUUAUCUAGCCCGGAUAUAUGACCUUCUUAUAGCCGUAAUUUGUACCCUAGUCUUACCAGUUAACUAUGAUACAGGAUUUCAGCGGCUCUGGCAUUAUCCAUAUCCGUGAGCGACAAAGAACGUCACGUGGACCACUAGCUUCUCUGCCUUCAAUGACUUGGUGGAUUGAAUACAUUCUAUUUAACACUGUUAAGUUGUUGUUUGUAAAAGUUGAUCUUAUAAAAAGUUGUUCGAUCGAGUUGCAUUUGAAAACAAAUGAAUCACGAAUCUGUGCACGCCACAAAAAAAUCGUCAUCCGUGUGUGACAGUACCCGCCUAAGAGAUUCCAACAACAUAGAAACUUGUGACCACGUUGCGCGUUUUAAUACUUAAGUGAAAUGUACACCUCAUUUAAAAUGAUGGCACUGCUUAAUGUUUAUUUUGAUGCGAGGCUGGCGAAACAUUGACACGCAAACGAAAACAGUUUUGAUAGAAAAAUGUACAUAUUUUCAUAUAUAUGUGUGUAUGUACAUAUAUACAUUGCGUGUGUUCAUCUUUUUAGGAACCAUAUGAAUCAAAUCGUUGAAAAGGACUAGUUAUAUCAAAUGUGGUUUUAAAUUUAUAAUUAAAUUGAUAAAUGAUAGAAAACGACAGUAGAAGCAGGUGUCGACUGUAUGCUCGCAGUGACUCGCGAAUUUGUUAAAAUAAAGACCUAAAAAAGAAAUCAAUGUUAUUGUUUCACAAAUAAAUUAAUUUUCAUGUAAUAAUUUUGAAUGACAUUUAUCAAUUGGAUAUUCCCUGGUUUUUUAUAAUUAAAAGUUACAUUACUUUCGCAUUAAUAUUUAAAUUGUUUAGUUUAAUAUUAACUUUAAAUUGUUAGUUCUCAAAACGGCAAGUUUCAUUUCUUAAAAAAAGUGACAAGGAGAGAAGUUUGAAUGAAAAUUUAUCAUCCCAGCUCUUUUGUACACUAAAUAGUAUAAAUCAAAUUAACCAAUAAGAUUUCUUAACAAUAUAAAUAACACAGAUACUUUAAUGGUACUCGUAUUAAGUAGACACGAUACAAAUACCUGCUUUACUGAUAACCGUCUUGUAAAUUAAGAAUGGUAGUACCGCGUUCAGAUUCAACAAGACCGUAAGGGAUAGACUCGCUCCGCAUUUACUAAUAGGGUGGACAAGGUUCCAUCGUGUCUUUAAAACGUCUAAAAUACUUUAAUACAUCAAAAUUAGGGGUGCUGACGUCACACGCUUUAGUACCAAUUGUACGCUUUUCGAUUUCUUUUCUGAGGGGUGAAGUUACCCUUAAUUAAUUCCAAUGUGGGCAGCGCCACAGGCUCGAUAACCACUAAGCACCAGAUCGACCGUCAGUUGGUCUGCCCAUUCACACCAACUAAAAGAUAAAUGAAACAAUAAACACGAAAAUUAACAUUGUUUUUAUUGAAAGUCUUAGUGGCUCGGUGACACCGUGCUCUUCUCUUCGUAUAGAGGUGGUUAGUUCAUCUAUAGAUAUUAGUACCGCUAACAACCACGUAUAUGUUCACGGAUGCCGACGCUUGUCAUCCUGUUGUCGAUAUAAUUUAAAAGUGUUAAUGUCGUCAGCCACGCUCGCGUUUACAUUAAUUUCUAGACUACCGGUGUAACCAAAUAAAAAUCAAAUAACAUCGUUAUUAUUUUUAUAUUAAUGUACCUGAUUGAGAAUUAUGUGGAAACGAAAAAAAAAAAACAAUAUGAAUAAGUCCCCAGACUGGUGUAGCGUCGCCAAUAAUUACAUUCCGUGCGUAAGAAACUAAAUUGAAUAUAACUUAAUGUGAAUGUUAUUGUUAUUUGUAAAAUGAGGCAUGCAACUUAUUAUUCAUACAAUACAUUAUGCUGUUAUGUAAAAAAUAUAAAUAAUACAUACUUAAUAAAUGUUUUCAUAAGA